GCACAAAUGAUUUUCAGCGCUGGGGCGCAUAGAUUCUUCCAUACACCUUUACCGCACACUAACAUUUCCCCUCUGGCAGCUCCUCCUCCUUCUUCCUUCUUAUUCUCUCUGUGAUUAAUGGAUUAGAGGAAUUUCUUACAGCAUUAAAUAAACAAAACCCACCAACAUAAAUUCUCGAAAUUCCCACGCUGCAGUGCUUGUCUCAGUUGUCUGCCGUCCUGCAAAUCAACCCAUCACAACAACAAAAAAACCGCUUAAUCCACGAAACUUCUCGAAACUUCCCCUUCACUGGUGUCUCUUUGAUCCUCUCUGCUCUCAGCUUUGGGAGCUAGCAGCUCUCACCGGAGAGAGUGAUCAUCGUCGCCGACGAGGUAAUUGUCUUGUGUACGACGCUUAUUUCUGUUACUCCUCGUAUGUGCUUUCCUUUUUUUGUGUUGGUUGUUUGAUUGGUGACUAUUUCUCGAUUCCGGGUUUCGUUGUUUGGUUGGUGGGGAAAUGGUAAUUGGGCAAGUGUGGCUGUGGUCUUAGCUGAGGGGAAAUGAAGGAAAGAUGGGAUCUUUUUUAAUUGUGGUUGAUUUGUCUUUCUUGGUCUGGUUUUAAGCUCCAGCUGGACACUUUGAGCCAUUGUCAUUGCAUAAUUCCUGCUAUUUUUGGUACGGAUGUUAUGGGCUUUGUCCCCCAACUCUGCUGUUAAGUUAAACCAUAAGAAAAGCUUUGUUGGGUUGGGGUUUGCUUGUAAAGAUUGCCUCUGAAUUGUGACUUUACGCGAACUGAAAGCUGUGGUUUUGGUAUGGUUUGGGGGUGGGUUUUAGGCUAUGGUAUUGGGAAAUGUGGGACUGUUGUUGAACAAGUGGCCUUAGAACUUUCCCCAAAACCUAGUUGUGAUGAAGAAAUGGUUCUUUUCUUGUGCUUGCUUGAAUCUUCAUUGUAUCACUUGGUGCAGAUUGUGUCCUAGCUCUACUAGGAUGACAGUGAAUUUUGCUCUCUCCUACCAUGCUGAACUCAUGACUCCUCACGUUUCUCUUUCUCCUUCAUUGAUUUCAAUAGCAUGUAAGUCAAACUCAUGAAGCCUAGCUGUAAUGGAAUGGCGAGACUGCUUCACUAUGACACGAAGGUAUUUGGAUCAGAGCAAUUCUCGUGCUCUCUAACGAUGGUACAGAUAUGAACAACUGAAGUACGAUUAGCACCUCGACUAGAUCUCCUGUGUCUUUAGCAAUCACCCUCAGUUUCUCAUGGCUUCUUCAGUGGAAGGUCCAGAGGAAGUUCCCUCGAAUGAGAAGGAGCAACAAAAGAGUGCUGAUAAUGUCAGACCUGAAAAGGGUGAAGAGACCGAUGAUAUCAAAACUCAUGCAUUACAGAGUCAAGAAAAAACAAUGUCAAUUGUUGUCCAUGAACAAAUUCCAAAGGAGCCUGAUGAUGGAGCAAGUGUCUCUUCCGUUGAGCGUGUGAAAGUCUUUCAUGCCACUCCACAUCCUUUACAAUCCAUUAAGGAUGGAAGAAGUCCUGCCAUACGUGAGAAAGUGUUGGAGGAUGGAUACAACUGGAGAAAGUACGGGCAGAAACUUGUUAAAGGAAAUGAAUUCAUUCGAAGCUACUACAAAUGUACUCAUCCCAGCUGUCAAGUGAAGAAGCAGUUAGAACGUUCACAUGAGGGUCAGCUCGCAGAUAUCGUUUACUUUGGCCAGCACGAUCAUCCUAAGCCUCAAGCCAAUCUCACACCAGCUCUAGGUUUUGUUUCAUCGAUCGAAGAAAGAUCCGAUGGCCCUUUGUCACCUGCUGUGAAAGUAGGGAAAGGGCGCCCCCCAAUCAAUCUCACAAAUGCCUCCCAGAUGUCCACACUGACAUCUACUGAGGAUGUGAGAGCCGUGCCAUCCGAAGUGACUAGGAAAAGAGAUGAAAUUGAUCAGGAAGAUGAUCACCAGUCUAAACGGCAGAAGAAAGCGAACCGCGGGAUUGUUGAUCCUCCUGUUGUAGACAAGCCAGCUGGUGAACCACGAGUGGUUGUCCAGACUCUGAGCGAGGAGGAUAUCGUGAAUGAUGGAUAUCGUUGGCGCAAAUAUGGCCAAAAGAUGGUCAAAGGAAAUCCUAACCCGAGGAGCUACUAUAGGUGCUCGAGUCCCGGCUGUCCAGUCAAGAAACAUGUCGAGAGGGCAUCCCAUGAUCCCAAGGUGGUUAUAACUAGUUACGAAGGAGAACAUGAUCAUGACAUGCCACCGUCAAGGACUGUUACUCACAACAUACCUGGUCUGGACGCUUGUACCUCAAACGUUCCUACCGAACAAAUCGACUGCAGCACACCAGCUUGUAACACUCCUGAUGCCAAUGCUAAACCCAAGGAACAACUUAAUGGUGCGUCGAGAACUAAAGCCAAAGGGGACAAGGGUAAAGAAGGUCUUGUUGACAAGGGGAGUGACAAGGUUUGUUCAAGUCCCAUUCACCUGAACGAAUUGAAAUCGAAAGACCAGCAGAAUGAGAAGUCAAGCGCCUUGGAGGAAAGUGAUGCUGCUGACCAUGAUUCCGAUGCCACUACAAGUUUUAUUCUUGAAGGCAGAACAAAUGACCAACACACUGGUGAGUCAAAAGAAGCAUCAGAAGAGAAUGGUUGCGAUUCCAAAGUUCAUUCUGCUGCCACUACUCAUCCAGACUGCAAACCAACUCAGCAACACAUCCCGGAUUCGGAGCCUGUUCAACUUAACUGAAAGUAGAUUCUUUAUCUUGAACUUGUGGGUGAAAAAUGAAUUGUUUGCAGACACUAUUUUUCAGCUGUGUAUUAGAUUGAGCAAUAAUUGCAGGAUGUAGAGCCAUUGUUGGGUUGGUUGUCUAAUACAUAUGGGAAGAAGACAAAGCUACAGUAAUUAUGUAACAUUUUCCUUCGUUCCUCUACUCUAAAUUCCAGCUUUUCCUUUUAAACUCUUUGCUUCAGUUUUACAAAGCUAACAAUGCCAAACAGAACCCAGCUUGGCAACUUAUAAAGCUUGUAGAGCCGAAAAAUGGCUGCCUUCCAUUCAUAGAAGAAAAACUACAGCAAAAGGCUACAACAAACAACUCCAAGCGAGAAAGUUCUACCUAGUGCCCCUUCCUUUUCUUCACUUCCAUGCACAAGAAGCAACCAAAUCACGGUUCAUCCACCCGAGAUACAACGCACCAUCCCUCACUUGAAGCCUGUACUGCUUGCAGUAAUUCUCCAGCAGUGUCUUAAUGGUAGCGUUCACCAAAGAGCUCAAAGGACACUGUGUAAACCCCGCCAUGACAAACCUUGACCUCCAUUUCCCCAGAAGCUCAAGUCUCUCCACUCGCUCUCUUCCCUCACAAGCGAUCACAUUCACAACAUCUUUAGCAAGGCAAUGCUGCUCAAUAUUUAUCCUCUCCUUGUGAUCCCUCUGGAGGGUCACGUCGAUCGACUCAAACAUGGCCGUGUAGUAGUCGAGUGUCUCUAGAAACCGAGGAAAGAACGGUGCAGUAUUUGUAUUAGCCUCCUGCUCGACAAGUGUCACGACCUUAGGUGACAACCCUUUAACCAUCCUCAGCAACCGAUCUCGAUGGUUCUCUGUAUCGACACUCUCAUCAGGCAUGUGAUGAAGCAUGAACGCAAAAUUGACAGCUAGAGCUUCUUCCCCAGCUCGAAUACCGAGAUCACCCACUUGAACUUCACAGCCAUUGAUAGCAGCAGCAUGGAACUCAAACGGCACUUUGAACGACUCAGCCAGCUUUGACAGCCUCUUCCCUACUAUAUUCAACCCUCCACCUCGUGCAUAAGCGGAAGUUGAGUCAUCUAUGGCUGUGAUACGAAUGUGUGGUGGCCCACCGGGUCUCGCUGCAAAUGCUUGAAUCAAACUCACCCACUGACUCCCUUGACCAAUCUGAAAGUCAACAAUGUGAACCCGGUUCUCAUCCUUCAUAGCUUCUGCAAUAGCCCCAUUCGCUGACAUGUAUCCAAAUUUGAGGUAAGGGCAGACUUCAUAGAGGAUGUGCAUGUAAGAGAGCAAGUCAGCACUAGCUGGUUCCUUGCACCUCAAGGCAUUGCAGAUUGAACUCCCAGAAGAGGAAAGCCGAGCAACGAGGCCUUCCAACAUGUAUGCGCCUAGCCUUUGUAUAGGCUCACCAGAAACUGACACCAUGUGGCGUAAUUCAUCGAUCAGCCAUUGUGCUAUUAAGUGGUCAUUCUCGGACACUGCCUUGGCACAGGCAACUAGGACUUGCUUUAGAUCAGCUCGUGAUAUCGCCUCCAUGAUUUUUCUCAAGCAGUCCAUCUCUGGUGACUCGCCUUCUAUAUUCAUUAAGUUAUCAGAAUCUGGCCCCAACAUUGCAGUCUCUAACUCCCUCAGCUUGUGUCUUAUAUCAUUGGCAUCAUCAGUAACACACGAGCUGCUUAAUGGAGAGCCAUAUGUAUCAGGUGGGUGUGACUGAGAAUCCUGCUGCGAGAUUGGGCUCCCACUAGGCGAAAAGUUGUAGGUACUGAAAAUGGCAUUUGGGGAAGAUGACUCCAAAGUGCAGUAUUGUUCAGAAGAGAUCUCAAAGGGGAAUUGAGAAGUUGCCUGCACGCUUCCAUUGUAGCAUAGUUGGUGAGGUAAUUGGAACUGAGGCAAGCAGUAGGGCUCGAAUUCUUGACUCGGUUGGUAGUAUAAGCCGGCGGAUGACAUUGCUGGUGACUGGAACCUCUCUGAUGCCUGCAUUUUAACUCUUCAGCAGUAUGUGCUUCUGAUCAAGCUUCAAAACUGUAUGUUAAUGAUAGAGAUGAACCACCUACGCAGCAGCAAAAAGACUAGCUCCAGGAUCUUCUGCCGAAAUUCGAAACUGGAUCUUUGAUUGUACAGGAAUCUCAAAACCUUUGAGGGGAAGAAAGAGUGAGAGAAGCAAUUUUUGGGGUGGCGGUGUGUGCAGAGGAGAAAUGGAAGACUAGAGAGCUGUCUUUGUCCUUCAAGAGUAAGAUAGACUCUCUCUCUCUCUCUCU